AUGAUUUAUAGACCAUUACUCAUUGAAACUUGUUAAUAUAAAUACCGUAUGGGAAGUGAGGAGAAAUCAUUCUCUAUUAAAAAAAAAGUUGAUUACUAUCCUUACUUUAGAUAAAAGGUUACUAGUCAAUCAUUUCACAUUGAACCUCUUACUACAGAUAAAAAAAAGUCAAAAAAAUAACUGACAUUGAAUCAAAAAUUAGGAAAUUCAGAUAUUAAUAUACAAUAAUAUAUUGAGUUUAAUGUAUAAAUUUGAAGAAAUUAGAUUAAAGAAAAGCCUAUGAAUAGUAAUACUAAUAAAAGAGUUAGAUAAUUAAUAAUAUAGGAUAACAAAUUAAUGAGAAAAUAAAAUAAACUUAAUAGUUUUGCUGAAAUACUUACUUAAUAACACAAAUCAUAUCAUUAAAAAUAGAUGAAAUAAUAAGUGUUAUCCAUGUUAGAUUAAGGAUAACUUUUUAGAAAGGUUGAAAGUCCUUAAAUGAGUCCAAAAUAAUAAUUAGAAUUAUAAUCAAAAACAUAAUAAAAUUGUGCAGAACAAUAAAUAUAAGAUAAAGUUUAAAAUUAUUUAUCAAGAAAGAGUAUUCACCUUUAAAGACUUUCUUAAAGAAUGGAUGAUAUUAAUAUAUCAAAAAGAUCAAUUAUAAAUACAAGUUCAGCUGAAAGAGAUUUAAAAAUUUCUUCGACUUUUUUUAAGGACUUUAUUGGUGUUUCUUAAUAAUUUAAAUAUAAAGAGAAAUAAGAUCCAGAAUUAUUAAAAGAAUCUUAUAAAUAUUGGGCAUAAAGUAUAAGAACAAAAAAGGAUCCAUAAAAGAAAAGAAAGGUUGGAGCAGUAUUUAGUACAUCAGUAAGAAUGAAACUUGAAAAAAUGAGAAGCUUAAUUUUAGAUUGUGUUAAAAAAUUGAGAUUUAUGAAAUUAGAUCCUGAAUUAUUAAUGUAAAGUAGAACAAUAUUAAAAAAACCUUAUUAAAGAGAAGGUUCUUAUGUAUUUUUUAAAGGAGUAACUAAAAAUGAUAUUGAUUUAGUAAAAUUAAUGCUUGAUAAAUGCAGAUUUUAUGCUUUUGAUUUAAAUGAGAAUUUACAAACAGCUUUACAUAUUUGUUCUAGAAAAGGACAUUUAUAAAUAGCAAAGAUAUUAUUUCAAUAUGGAACUUAUCCUGAUGCAAGGGAUGUAAGUAAUAGAACUCCACUUUAUUAUGCACUUAUUAAUAAUUAAAAAGAAUUAGUAUAAUUAUUAUUAUCACAUAAAUGUAAUCCAUGGUCAUUUCCUGGUUGUAUCUAUGAUACUGAUGAUCCUACAUUAACAAAAAUGUUAAAAAUAGCUAGAAGAGUAAAUAUUAAAUUAUAUAAGAAUAGUUAGAUAUGUUAUUAAUGAUGACACCUUAUAAUACAAGAUAAUAAAUUUGGAUUAAUUAUUGCAGAGUUUUCUAUGAGUUUUGA